AUGUCUAACAAGCGCUCGUCCAUUCCGCGGGCGGUGUCACCUGCGACACCCGACAUGUUGCGAGACGGCUCCACCCGCCUAUCCACAGGGUCUACCUACGACGGCAGCAGCGCAGGUCCCUCGGAACCAGAACGAAGGCUUCGGAGCCCGCGGUCGCGCGAGCCUGUCGGCCGAGACAAUGAAGCCGUACACAAGAAGCGCCGUACUCAAAGACCACGAACUACUGGCGGUUUCCUGCUCCCAGACGCGAGGAUAGAAGGGGACAAUCGAAGAAGCGCUGUUAAUAAAGACGCAGAACAGCGCCGCUCGAGGGCGAAUGGAGAUGUGCGUAAAGGCAAGGCUCUCGUUUCUGCUGGCAGGCAAACACCAGAUCCUGCGACCGAGCUGGGUCUUGGGAUAGAAGUCACUGAUGUGGAUAUGGAUUCGGACCAUGCAAACUCCCAUCAAACAGCAUCGGGCAGCCCUGGAAGUGCGGCGACAGCUGCUGCCCACCGGCAUGUCUCUAGAAUACCAUCGCCUACACCGCGACCAUCGACGGGCAUGCUGGACAUAGAUUCGACACAAAUCGUCAACAUGGCUCUGAACCUGAGCGAAUCCCGGAGGAUGGUCGCAAGGCGCAACGUUUCGGCACCAGUACCCCCUCGACUCGCACCUCUGCCGGACACGUCGGCCGUUGGCAGCCUUAAGCAGCACCUGCACCAGCAACGACGAACUUCGCAGAAUCUAUCGCCCAGGCCCGACAAGGGCGCUGUCCCUUCGCAACGUCAUCCCUCCGUGUCCAGCCCCAUGAUAGGCAGCGCGUUACCGCACGGUUUCGAUCACGAAGGCUCAUAUACAUAUCAGUUCUCCUCGUCAACUCUAAACCGGGCACAGAAGGCCAAGGAACAUCUCGAGCUCAUGGCGCAGUAUCGACGGCUCCUUCAGAUUGUGCCACCCCUUGGCGCACAACUACAACAACAGCAAUACGAUCAGGGCGCACCUUCAAGCCCUCCAGUUUCCCCUGGCGUGGGAAAGUCACCCGGCAGCUUCCCUGGUCAGCGACCACCGCUUGGUCGGCCAUACAACCCACUCCAGUACAUUCGAAACCGCAAAGUGCGUGCGCGCGAGCGCAAGGCUAUAGAUGGUGAAGCUCAGGGGUUUGGCGAUGUCUCACGAGUGACAGACUGGAUCGACCAGGCAGCUGUCUCGACGCCCCUGUCUGGCUCAUCCAAACUUCCUCACUUCCCUGGUGCCCACGACCACGGCAACAACCUCUCCAACAUUCCCCGCCCAGUGACGUCAACAGGCAAGCCCAAGCGGCCGAGGCUUGACUGGAGCUUUGAGCCCGCCGACAUGCUCGCAGAUGCUUAUUGGUUUGAGCAAGAUGAUAAUCGCUCUCUCAUUGAAGACCGCAAUUAUGCAAAGAUCUUCCCAUCAAAGGUAGAUAGGUCUCAAAGACCAUGGUCUCCACUUGGCCCCGAGCAGCACAAGGCCAGCCCAUUGUCGCCACCAUCAGAGGUGGGAGGGGUUGAGCCGCGCAACAGUCUUCAGUUGGAUGCCGGGAUCAAUAGAGUUGGUACCGACGGCUCCCGGAGCAGUGCCAGGAGUCGUGCCCGGCAGAAACUGCACGAGAUCAAAGGAUCACACAAACAUUCAGACAGCCAGCAUAGCUACCACGACUUCCUGCGUCUGGGCAAGAAUGCUACCUCCGACACUUCGGACAGCGACACGGACCGCAAGAGGAGAGACCGCUCAGGAACCCUGACAGCUUCGGGCAGAGAUCUCUUGGAGAAACAAAUGCGGGACAUACUGGCGCAAGAGGCUGCUGAGAAGCAGAGCGCUUUGGCCCUGCAGCCCGUACCAGAGACACCAUCUCCAUUGGAGAACGUGAGCGAUGCCACUCCUUUUAAUCAGAAUGGUGCUGCAUUUCGACCGGGGCACGUGCGAGCAGAGUCAUACGCUGGACAUGGAGCGAAUGCCAUCGCGCAGACAGAGCGAUGGCCGGCGUUGCAGCAAUCAGGCGUCUAUGCUGGAAGAAGUAGCCUAGACGUGCCGAGUCAUAGCAAGCGGUCCUCGGUUGAUCACACUUUCUCACAGCCAACCUCACCGGAGGGAACAUACUCGCGCCGCGGCAGUGCAUUCAUGCCAAGUGGCUCCGAGAUGUCGCCCUCCAACAGCCGGCCUGUAUCACCAUCGAGGAGGCCGUUGACGAAGGUCAGAAACAUCUUCCGCGACCGAAGUCGGGAACGUGCUGAAGAUAGAGAAGCGAAAGGACGCAACAGCAUUGACCAGGUCCAUGAGAAUCUUGCCUUCACGCCUAUGGAUGCGGAGCUUUUGCGACUCGCUGAGCGCGAUCGGUCUCCUAGUCCCGUCCUGGGCAAGUUACCGAGCAGGACCACAGGCGAGAGUCACAAGUCGCACCGUAGCCUCGGCAGCAUCAAGCUCAGAGGUGAAGAGGUCUUCCCGUUCAAGAAUAUCAUCAAGGGUGGCGUCAAGCUUGACAGCAUGGUUCGUGGUGGUGUGUCUAAGAUGACAGACAUGAUCUGGAAGAAGGACUCGGACGACUCCUCGUCAUCUUCAUCAUCCAGUGACGAAUCUGACGACGAACCGAAGCGAGGCCGGCGGUCGAGACUCAAUGUCUUGUCUCGGGACAACUCGCGGAACAGGGAGAAGCAUUUCCUAGAUGUUAUGCCCCAUUUCAAAUCGACAUCGGAGGGUGCUGAUGGAAGGGCCACCCCCAGCCAGUCAGCAGCGCCAGAGAGCCAGACAUCUGGCUUCAUGUCUUCGGCCGAUACUGUCAAAGCGCGCAAAUCUGCACGCUUUGACACGCUGAAACCUCCCCGUCUCAACGUCCCGAACUCUCCACCUCAGCCUCGUAUCAGCGAGGAGGUGUCUGAUGUAGACAACGGACAGCUCGACGAGUCCGACACGACGACCGAUGCAAAGUCACAGACCGAUCUCGUCAGUAGCCAAGAGGGCUCAAGAAAGUCGUCCAGAGACCUGCAAAGUGUGCUUGUCGGCAUGCCACACUCGCUAGAAACCAAGAAGCGGCACCACUCCAACUCGCUGGCGUCGAAGCGAGACUCUGGUCGGCAUUGGUCAAUUACAGAUCGUGAUAUCACUCCCCGACAGUCGCAGCUGUCCAGAAGCGAGCUGGCCAGCGUCCGUGCACUGAUCCUCAGCUCCGGUAUCAAAGCCAUGGAGAUAUCGCGACGUGCCAACGAAGCUCACCCGCUGUUUGCAGUCGACUCCAAAGGGCCAGGUGUCUCAUGGAGUGAUGUCUCCGCGUUCGUACCCGACGAGGCAGCCACAAUGACGGCAUCCCAGCUCGAACUUUAUCCGACCACCGCCCGAGUCCUGGCUGGCAGCAUCGACAAUUCGAUGCGCUCGUUCCACGACACGGCGGGCCAGCUUUCCACGAAGGACGUACCGGCACUGCAGCAGCGCAUAGAUACACUACAUCUGCGCAUCGCGACAGAUCUCAUCAAGACGACGCAGGAGACGACGGACGACGCGGACGAGGUGAGCCAGGAUCUGGUUCACAACCAGCGGCUGAAGGUCCAGCACGUGGUCGAGGCGAUGGACAAGAUGAGCCGCAACCGCCGCCGCCGGUUCCGAUGGUUCCGCCGCAUGGUGUGGCUGGUUGUCGAGUGGGUACUCGUCGCUAGCAUGUGGUGGCUGUGGGCGGCCUUUGUGAUCUUCCGCUUCGUCUUCCUUGUCGGCAAGGGCGUCUGGGGCGGUGUGCGGUGGCUGCUCUGGCUGUAA